UAAUUGAGUAGCAUGUAGCCUCGGUUGAUUGUGCAGUUUUAUAUUCCAACUAAACAUGAUAUGAGUUAUAAACUUAUAAUGGAUACUUUUCUUCCACUACUUUCUUUUCUUACAAUAUUCUAUGCAUAGUCCAAACUUCGAACAACAAAUUAAGAACCAGACAUUAUGCGUUUGAUUUUAAACCUUUUGACUUUUAAUGGAAAAAGUGAUUAGUAUAUAAUCUGCUAAAUGUACAUGAUCUAGAUUCACUUUUCCACAUCCCUAGAUAUUGUUUCGUUGACAUUUGCAGUUUAUGAUGACUUUAUGUAGCAUACUCGAGACCCAAAAUUAAUAUUUUGGAGAAUGUUUUACGUAACAGUUGAAGACUAUUUCAUAUGAAUACGAUGCGAUUUACAUAAGGUGUGUUGGGUCAAAACAAUUCUUUUCAUUAUAAUAUGCAAGUGAAAUCAUGUAAACUUGGUUCACACGUAACUUAUUUUUCUAUCAACGAGAAGAUAGAGAAGCUUAUUAUUAAUUUCUACGGUUUCAUCACUCUCCUUUUCUAAUUAUCUAUCUUUCCUUCUGCCAAAGACAAGACCAUCUGGUGACAUCCAGAUUAAAAUUUGAGGGAAGAAAAUAUUUAAUGGAAUCAAAUAAAUUUCAUCAAAAGAAAAAAAAUAUUGGACUAAAUUUUUUUGUUAAAAACAAAGAGAAGAAGCAGUCAAUUCUAUCAACUGACUCAACUACAUUUAUGUAAAACUAUCUAUUUUCUCAAUUUUAAUUAAUCAAUCUUGUUUCUUGACUUGAACAAAAUUAACGCCUGAAAGUAAGUGACUCGUUCAAAUAAAGCGUAAGAGUUUGUUACACUAAACAAACCCUUACCUUCCUCCACAAGUCAUAUAACAUCUCUCGUCUCCUUCUUCUCUCCUCCACCUCUACACCACAUUCUUUCCUCUGCUCUAUCGAGACUGCUCCCUCUCUUCAAUGGCAGAUCACAAAGAUCAACGCAUGGUAGAUCCUCUCGAAGGUACACAGGAUCCAACGUUCAUCCCACUAACGAGCAGCAACGAUAAAGACAUGACAGAUCAAUCCGUAGAAGAAGACUCCAAGAAACAGAAACUCAACGAACAACAAAGAAGAGCGUUUUACGCUGUUCUCCUUGCCUUCAGAGCUGAAACCUUGUCAUCAGGAAACAAGAGGACUCAGAUCAUAGAGAAGCUGAUGAGCGAGUGGAGUAUAGCGCAAGAAACUCUCGUCUCUUUUGAGGAUAACAUUCAGAAGAAUCUUGUUGCUCAUCAAGAAAGGGUUGAUUCUGAGGCAAAGAAGCCAACACUGUGUUCGAGCUGGGGUAGAGUUAACCCGGAGGCUCUAGUUGGAAGAAGGGUCUGUGUAAGAAUGCCUGGUGAAGAUGAGUUCGAAGUCUUGGUGAUCAAAGAGUUCAGCGCUAAAGAUGGAACGCAUCGUCUGGCGACUGUUGACCCGAACGUGAUGUGGUUGAAUGAAGCGUUAAGCUGGAUUGAUGUUAGGAAGGUUCCGGAUGAAGAUAUUAGAUGGAAAAAUGGAGAGAAGCCAGACUUUCAAACUCCUCCAGGAUCUGGUGCAGGACAAUGAUGAGUACCACCACCAAAACGCUCUGAUGCACUUGAUUGAUUGAUUGAGAUCUUUAGUAAUUGUGCAUUUUUUGUUGGCUGGAGUUAGAGAAUAAAUGUGUCAGUUUAAAGUGUUGAACAUGAUGAUUCCAGUAACUUCUUUUGUGCCUUAUUACCCAAAUGCUUGAUUCUACAGAAGAUAGGAUUGGUAUGUGAGGAUUGAAAGAUUCAUUAUAUCUAAGAUUCUGAUUGACAUCUUGCAGUCCUUUAAAUAGGCAGCAAAUCAUACAUGCUUGAUGCUUGUUUGUUUCCAUUUCAUUGUUUAACCAAGCAAUCAUAUGACCAAAACAUUCAGAUUCGAUUACAUCACAUGUUAGGAAUUGGCAGUGAGGUCUUCUCACUCACCACCACAAAGAGUUAACUAAACAUAACUAAUUGUAAUCAAGCCAGCUUCCAGAGACUAGCAAAUCUAUAAAACUCUUAUAGUAUCCUUUUAGUUCAACCAUACUUGAGAGC